AUGUGCACUCCAUGGACAUUGACAAGGUUUGUUAGAUGGAGAGUAAGGGACUUGGCUUCAUGUUUCUUAUCUUGCAGGUUCCCUCUAGAAGAAGAGCGAGAUACACAUCGCCCUUCAUCGCCUCAAUUUCCUAUCAGAAACAUGGUUUUUGAAACAAAGGAUGACACCAGAGAUAAGAAGAGUAACAAGAGACUGUCACGGCGAAACAGAUGCAACAAGGAGAGACAGCUAAACCAGAAUCCAGCAAUUUCCAGGAACAUUGCUUCAGUAGAAAAUGGGAGUGACAACUCAAGCUGGCCAUGUUUUCCUGAUGAAGAAUAUAUAGUCUUCUGCUUUAGAGAAGAUGGAGCUUUUGAUGUUGUGAGGGAUAAUAGCAAAUCCGAAGAAUCCAAUCAAUCCAACAUAACUAAACAAUUUGGUUGGGAACAGCUUGAUCAUGCCGAGGAUGCAGAAAGAGAUAAGCAGAGCAGUGAUGAGGGAAGAUCAAAAGAAGAUGGAUAUGAGGGAGAGAUCAUUCCUGCUAAACAGGGUGAUGGAGAAAGGAGCAGCAUCUACUUGGAGGUAGAACAAGCUUCAGGUAGCUUAAGGAGAAGACAUCAGGUGGAGGAGACACCGACAGCUAACCGGGGGAAGGUUUCUGUUGAAUCAAGUGGCUCUAAUCAAUCUGAUGGCAGCACAGGAUCCUUUGCCUUUCCUGUGCUGGGAUGGGAGUGGAUGGGAAGUCCAGUGCAAAUGCCAAAAUCAGAGGGCGUGAACCCGAGGAAGAACAAGGCCAUCUCUGUCCAUUUCCAAUGUUUUAGAUUCUGA